ACCAGUUAAUCGCGAAACGUCAAAUCUUUCAUAUUAGCGGCUUCGCAGGAUCACAACAAUACUGAGUCAUGCCCUACGCUAAUCAAACAAUUGUACAGUUAACGGAAUUAACUAAUGAAAAUAUAAAGUUUACUCUGGAAGAUACUGACUUGAGUGUGGCUAAUGCUUGUCGAAGAGUAUUUAUAGCAGAAACGCCGAUACUAGCUAUUGAUUGGAUUCAAAUAGAAAAAAAUUCCACUGUUUUAGUUGAUGAGUUUAUAGCUCAUCGCCUUGGAUUAAUUCCAUUAACUUGUGACGAAGUCAUUGAUAAAAUGCAAUAUACAAGAGAUUGUCAAUGCGAAGAGUUUUGUUCGGAAUGCAGUGUGGAAUUUACCCUAGACGUAAGGUGUUCAGACGAACAAACAAGACAAGUUACAACCGCCGAUCUCUUAACUUCUAAUCCAAAAGUUGUUCCCGUGACAACCAGACAAAGUCAAAUGCCUUCGGAUUUUUCGGAAGCCGUUGAAGAUAUAAUUAUAGUGAAGUUACGCAAAGGACAAGAACUCAAGCUAAAAGCUAUAGCACGCAAAGGUUUUGCAAAAGAGCAUGCAAAAUGGAACCCUACAGCCGGGGUCGCUUUUGAGUAUGACCCAGAUAAUUCACUAAGGCACACUAUUUAUCCGAAUCCUGAAGAAUGGCCAAAGAGUGAAUAUAGCGAAUUGCCGGAAGAAGAACCUGAAGCUCCUUACGAUCCUUUUUCAAAGCCUAGCAAGUUCUUUAUGAAUGUGGAAUCUUGCGGCUCUCUAAGACCAGAGACUAUUGUCUUAUCCGGCUUAAGCACCCUAAAGAAAAAGCUCAGUGAUCUACAAACGCAUUUAAGCCACGAAAUUUCUACUCAUGAUCAACCAGCUAUAUUGUAA